AGGGAAUUUCUCGUUGUCGCCGUCGUCGUUGUCGUCGUUGUUUGUCGUCGUGGUCGUCGUCGUCGUCGUCGCCGUUGUUGGACAUUUGAAAAGGCGAGAGUUUUGAACGUCACCCGCCCGUGGCGACCAUCAUCACCACACACAUUACAGCAUUAUCAUUGCUACGGAAACGCUCGUCCCAUUGGACCACCUUGCCUGUGUGCGAGUUCUCGCGUCGGUGUAAAAUUAUAGAUGGUUGCCCUCACGGCGUCUCCACCCGUCUUGUUGACGUCGUCCUUUGAGCAUUCACUGCGACCUUGUUCGGAUGUGCAGGGCACGGGAACGCAACUCGUCACGACGCAUGCCAUGACCCACUCUUACGAGCUCGAUAGCCACCACACUUCAGAUGAACACUUUGCAGAACUCGAAGCAAGUGACAUCGGCGCACAAUUUGAUGGACUUUCGUCCGUACACAGCGAACAUGUCCCGUCUCCGCACUCACCGCACGAGUCGCUCCCACAUUCACCCUCUGUCGCACACCUCGUAGCUUCUCCUGUCCGGCUGGCAUCGGACGGUGCAGACCGCACGACAGACUCUGACCUUCAGCUGAAGCAGGAAACACAUCAGAAUGGGGAUUCAUCACAGCAGCAGCAACAGCAGCAACAACACCAAGAACAACAACAACUACAACAAGCAACCCAUCAUCAUCAGCAGCAGCCUGAUCUAAAGAUAGAGGGACCCUACCUCUCUGAUGUGAUUCCAUCUACCCUAAGUCUACCACAUAUGGGUGAACCUCCUCUCCAUCCCUCGCAUCCGCACCAGCACGCUCACCCUCAUCACGAUCCUACAUCCACAUUUUCUCAUUUUGCCGCGCCAGCCAGCACGCAUAUGCACUCUCCUGCUCUGCAACCCCAUCGAACAGGCCGUGCGCGUGCUCAAACGUUCCAUUUCGGAUCACCCGCAAACGUUACCUACAGUCCAAUGAGCACGUAUGCUCCAUUGACACAACAAGUUUAUUCAUUCCCGUACUCCUCGGGACGCUUUCAAUACCAAGGCAUGUCCCAAUCCAUGUCACCGCUUGCCACCGUCCCAGAGCACCCGCUACCACCUAUCUCAACCACACAGCAAUUGUCUCCGCACGAGCACAUGUUUACCAUUCCACCACCGCCCCUAUCCGACUCUGACCGUCCGGUUUUGCAGUUCCGACAUCAACAGCAACAGCAACAGCAUUUUUUCCACGAUGGACAGCAGCGCAUGCGGCGCUCACCACCAGCCAUGACGCGUCAGCGAAGUAGCAGUGACCAAGUCAUGCGGCCUAGCACGCUGUUAGUCGACACGGGCAUGGCACGACGUCCCUCGGUCAUGUCCUACAACGGCGCCAUGGUGUCCCCUUUGGGCACGCCAACACCCGAUCCUUAUGAGGGACAUAUGAGCGUGUCCGCGGGAGCCAUUAUGAUGGGUGGGCAUAUGGGAAGCCUGGGAGACCCGUUAGGACAACCUAUGGGUUACGGAACAGGAUAUCUCAAUCCGGCCCACCUAUCUCAACCCCAUACUCGUCGACGCGCACCAUCCGCUCCACUGAUUCCUCAUCCAUCCUAUUUCCACACUCCGGUCGCAUCCCCCAGCGAAUCGUCGAGCCCUCACGACAGUCCUCAAAUGCUCCACUACUCCACAGACCCUUCGUCCACCCCGAUCAUGAACCCUGUCGACGAAGACUUUAAGCGGCGCAUACUCCAACUCAAGUUUGAAGAACGCGAAAUCGCCAUCGACUUCUUAAAAGAUCAAGCUAAACAGGCUGGAUUCUCCGUGUUGGUACGCACGAGUCGACCGGACUACGUGGUCAUUAUUUGCAAUUGUGGGCGCCGGGUCAAGCAAGUGGAGGGGGAACGCAAACGGAAACGGAAGCGAAAGACGGCCAUGACGGGAUGUGAGUGGCAUGUGAUUUUGUUUCGGAGGAAUAUCCCUGGGAGCACUGCACCUCGAAUGUGGGAGUUUCGAGCGAGCAGUAAAAUGGAGCAUAACCAUCCACUCAACCUCAACGAUGACUGAGCUCCCAACCGGGGACCCAUGUAUUUGAGAUUCCUUGUCAAUUUAACACUCCUUUUUUUUUGGAAUAUCCUGUUUGGAGAUUUUGUCUGUAGGCCUCGUGCUGUUCUAGUUUCAAAGCAUACCCAGUGUGUAGCUUUAUUGUAGAGUUUUUUUUUGUAUUGUCAUGUUGACUGUGGGGAUUUUAGAUUUUUUUAGACUUUGUGUAUAGCCCAGGUGGAUGGACAAUAGAUGUUCGAGUUGUGAAAGAUGAGAGAUGUUAUAUCCCAAUGCAAAU